CUAACGAGAUCUCCUCGGGCAAGCAUUCCUAUGCGCCACAAAUACCAUGCGACUAAGUCAGUUACAAGAUAGAUUGCUCUUAUCAUUAUUAUUAAGAGUGAAAGGUGAAGAGUGAAGUACAAAUGUUGCACUAAAUUGUUCGCCAAUAUUGACCAAAAGUUGUCCUUUUCCAAACCCUUUUUUCUGUUCCCUUAAUUGGUGCAAUAUAAUACAUCCCGCAGAGGUUAUCUAACACAGGUUCAUUUUGAUUGAAAGAUUGAUACCAGAAACUUGACUUGAAAUCCUGCAUCGGUGUAAACAAAAAUCGCUAUGUGGAGAGCAUUAUUUCUUGGCUGAAAAUUUCAUCUUUAUUAUGAUGUGUUUUUUUUUCAUCAUCAACUUGUGCUUAAUUAAACAUAAAAAUAUACAGUGCAUUUUAAUUAUGUCUUCUUUGUAGCCCUAGUAAUGGUUUUAAUCUAUUUAAUUAAGAUCCUUUCUUGACAAUUACGUGGCGAUGGCUCAUUACAGGGUUAAAGUAAAGUGUAUGUUUAAUUCUUAUCAUAUUUUCUCUGUUGGUCUCACACAAGUAACAUGUGAUGUAAUAGAAUAGAGCUGCAUAAGCAUCGUUAUCCUAAAAACGUUGUUUAAGAGUGUGAGGAAAAUAUGGGAGAUGCGAAACACUUUAUUGUUUGCACUUUAAAGCUAAGUGCAAACCCGUUUAUUGACAAGCAUGAUGUAACGACUAAAUUGUCCUCCUCAAGAGACUGCAAUGGGAGGAAAAGGAAGGAAAUUCGAAGAAAGGACAUGCAAACGUUAAAAAACAAAUGUGCUGGAUGUAACAAGAGAAUAAGGAGCCGUUAUUUGAUAAUCGCGCUUGAGAAAACAUGGCACGAAAAAUGCUUAAAGUGUGAUUGCUGCAAAGAGAUAUUGUACAGCUUUGAAAAUCCUUGUCUUUACCACAAGGGUGAUCAGAAGUUAUGUCGCUUGGAUUAUUUAAGAUCACAAGAAUUUUGCGGAGUUUGCCAAGUAUGUGGGAAUGGCAUUACUCCAGCAGAAGAAACCCUGUACGAAAAAAAUUCAUAUCACCAAGAUUGUUUUCGUUGCAUAAUAUGCCACCUAAAAUUCAAGCAGGCUGACUUUAUUGGAAUGCGCCGUACUGAUGAACUGUAUUGCUGGCUCCAUUAUGAAAAGAAAAUACCAGAAAGUUGUAUGCGCAAAACAGAGGGUUGUACGCACAAAGAUGUUGGAUCAACAAACACAAACUUUUUAUCUUUUUUGUCGUUUUUGCAAAACGAGUAAAAUACAUUCCACAUUUUCAUGAUCACACACAAAAUACAUAUUUCUGGCAUCUAGAGCAGUCAGAUACGUUAUUACUAUACUUGUUAAUGUUAAAAAUAGAGAGUUGAAUAAAUAUUCUGUAAAUAAGUAAAACAAAUUAUGCUAAAGAUGAUGCCGCCACUGGGAUUUAUAGAACUUGUUUACCUACGUAUGACCAAGACGAGACAAGUGGUAAGUUUCUAAAGGACACGUGGAA